AUGCAGGCUGAUGGACCGGACACCGAUACAGACAAUGAAGAGCAGUUGGACGAGGCGGGGUUUGUGCAUUCAUCUAAGCGCGACCCAUGCGGCGAGACGUGGAAGGCGGCGAAUGGGAAGGAGAUGUCGCCCGUCACGAAACGAGUGCUGGAGCAGUCGGGGAUAUUCACGGUCGUCUGUAGGCAUGGCAUCGUCGAGAAGAUCAUUGAGAUGGUACAAUCAGGCAAACUUGCAAAGUAUCCCCUCGCAGCGGCACACUGGCUACUGGACACCUAUGGCGACAACCAGACACUCGGGUACGACAUAGGUUGCGUCUUCGUGGGCACGCUUAGGCGCUUCUCAUUCGGCGACGAGGCCACCCGGUGCAACCUUCAAGUUAUCGUCGACGCCUUCCAUUGCUGA